AUGGCCGACGAGCAGGAGGUAGUGGUCGUAACUUUCAACUACCGAUUAAAUAUCUUCGGUUUCUCUGGCGCACCGGGGUUCCCCCAGAACGUAGCGAUACUCGACCAGCGUCUCGCAGUGGAAUGGGUCCAUCGCAACAUCGAAGCAUUCGGUGGAGACCCCAAUCGCAUCACAAUCUUUGGGCAAUCAGCCGGGGGCGCAUCGGUCGAUUACUACUCCUACAUCUGGACCGAGAAACCUCUCGUCAGCGGCUUCAUCUCCCACUCAGGAACAGCACUAAGCUUCAAGCCCAACACACCCGAAGAAUCAGCCAGCUACUUCUACCACGUCUCUCAAACCCUAGGCUGCGGAAACAGCACCACUGCCACAAACCACAUCAUCCACUGCCUCCGCCAACAACCCUACAAAUCAAUCCUGAAAGCCGUCGCCAAAGUCCCAACUGCGUCUUCCCCCGUCCUCCCCCAACCCGUCUUCCACCCAACAGUAGACAACAUAACCAUCUUCAACAACUACGCCGAAAGAUCAGCAUCCGGAAACUUCACCCACAUAGUCAGUCCCAGACCUCCAAAUCACCCCCAACAAGAAAGAAGCAACUCAUAA